CCAAAAAAAAAAAAAAAAAAAGAGCGAAAUUUUAUAAAUUUUUCAAAACCCACCAAGAAAUACGCAACCCUGAGCCGUUUUCUUCAAAGUUCACCUCUUUUUUCCCUUCAAAUCUUUCAAUUUUUCAUCGUCCGUUUCCAUCUAUUUUCAGAAAUUUCUCAAUCCCAAUCCCGAAAUCCUCCCCCCACUUCCAUGAAUUUGACCAUCACAGUCUUGUAACUGAAUUCAGAUGGCCGACACCAAUUCCAAUACCCCCACCGCCACCGCGCCGGAGAAGAGCCCCUCCGCUUCGCCGACGAGCUCCAGGUCGGUGACUCACACUGUCAAUGGCUCGCAUAAGUUCGUGAUCCAGGGGUACUCUCUGGCGAAGGGAAUGGGACCCGGCAAACACAUUGCUAGCGAUGAUUUUAUCGUCGGAGGGUAUCAAUGGGCCGUCUACUUCUAUCCAGAUGGGAAGAAUGUUGAGGAUAAUUCGACCUAUGUCUCCAUAUUUAUCGCACUGGCUAGCGACGGUACCGAUGUGAGGGCGUUGUUUGAACUCACACUUGUCGAUCAGAGCGGUAAAGGGAAGCAUAAGGUUCAUAGCCAUUUUGAGCGGUCACUUGAGAGUGGUCCGUAUACUCUGAAGUAUCGCGGCAGUAUGUGGGGAUACAAGCGCUUUCUUAGACGAACUACCCUUGAAAACUCUGACUACCUCAAGGAUGAUUGCUUGCAAAUAAAUUGUACUGUUGGAGUUGUGGUUUCGUCAAUAGAGCGUCCACAUUCACAGACUAUUUCUAUUCCCGAGUCUAAUAUUGGAGCUCAUUUUGGUGCACUGCUGGAAAAUUUAGAAGGUUCAGAUGUCACUUUUAAUGUUGAUGGAGAAAAAUUUCAAGCUCACAGGUUGAUAUUGGCUGCUAGAUCAUCUAUGUUUCGGUCUGAAUUUUUGAAUAAGUUAGAGGACAGUAAGGAGGAGAUUUUAGUUAAAGAUCUAGAACCUAACGUUUUUAAGGCUUUGCUGCACUUUAUUUACACUGAUUCCAUCGCAGAGGAUGUGGUUGUAUCAAGUUCAAGUUCAUCUUCUGAAUCUUUUGUGGGUGACAACUUUAUGGCAAAAUUGUUAGCAGCAGCGGACAAGUAUGGUUUGGAGAGAUUGAGACUGAUGUGUGAAUCUCAUCUUUGUAAAAAUCUUUCCGUACGGUCCGUUGCACAAGUACUAAGUUUUGCAGAGGAGCACCAUGCCACUGAACUGAAAGCAGUUUGCCUGAGAUUUGCUGCGAAGAACCUUGGAGCUGUGAUGCAAUCAAAAGGUUUUGAGCAUUUGAAGGAAAACAACCCUUCUCUUCAAUCCGAGCUCCUGAAGAUACUUGCACAAAACUGCGGGGACGUUUGUGGCAACGGAUCAAAAUCCAGGAGUGUGUGGGCUCAACUUUCCGAUGGUGGUGAUUCAAAUGGAAGGAGAGUCAGACAAAGAACCUGAUAACUCAAACCAUUAUUGUUCCUUGUGUAAAUGCAAAUGUGUUUUUCAAGUAAUAUGUAAAAAAGGAAAAAAAAAAAACCCCCGAAAAGAAUAGCUUUGUUUCAAUAUGUUUGUCGAGAAACGUAUUCAAUAGCAGCCAAAUUAGAUUCUCAUUUUGUAGUUUGAUAUGUUUGCACCGUGGGAUUUUCAUGCCAUUUUAGAUGUACUCAUUUGCUGAGGAAGCUUUCAUUGAAAACCUGAGGGCCAAAAGCAAAAGAAGGCAGUAAAA